UUUGUGAAUUGAUUAUGCGGCAAAAAUGUUGUGAAAAUUGAGGAAAAAUUGUGACAUUUGGUUAAAAAAUAACAUCUGGUAACACUUUUGAUUUGGGUAAAUCACACAAUUUAAAGUGAAUUCUUUAUAAUGUCGGGCUUAAAAGGACGUGUAUCCAGAGCCGUAAAACAUAUUAAUAAUAAAAAAAAAGGUUAAAUCACAAUUACCUCCCUAUUUUGAAUUGUUUCCAAAUAAUUUUUUUUCACAUUAACUUUCUUUUUUUGGUGUGUGAAAAUUAAUUGGAAUACACAAACAUGAAUGACGUCUGUGGCAAAAGAUUGCCUGAAAUACUAACAAUUUUGGCCUCAAAAGGUUAUCUGGCCAAGAUGUAUACAGCUUUGGAAGACGAUGGCAUUGCUAGCGUCAUUAAGAUAGCUCUAGAUGUAGUUCGGAACACAGAGAUUGUUCCCUUGCCUGACAUUAGAAGAAAAAAUAGCGAUAAAGCGGCUUCCUUUAUCUACGAAGCCCGUGCUUACUUACGUUCCAGAUGCAUAGACGUUGCGCUAGAGAAAUGCAACGAAAUGCUCUUAUACGCUCCAAAGAACUCUGAUCAUAUGUUUUCCGUUUACUACUUCAGAGCAAAGAUACUGUGUCUUGUAAAAGCCGCAAUUGCCGGCUUGAACGACAUUGAAAAUUGUCUGGCCGUUAUGAAGCCACAGGAUAGAGACGCUCUCGAAGAUCUGAUGAAAAUGAAAAAGGAGCUAACAUCUAUUUUACCUUUUGAAAACUUUAAAAACUUAGCUUUACAGAGCUCAUUUGGUAUGGACUAUUUUACGUUCAACAUGAAACGCAAUAAGGAUAUUAAUUGUGCAAUCGCAGACAUUGGAGUCGUUAGAGAAAAUGGCCUACCAAAGGUUGUAGCUACUAAAAAUAUAGACGUGGGGAAACUUGUAGCAGUAGAACGCGCGUAUGUUACCCACCGAAACGACAUGAACCAACUGAUAUCGUGCUACAACUGUCUCAAAUUUAAUUUGAACUUAAUCCCCUGCGACGGGUGCUGCUACGCGCUCUUCUGUGACGAGAUGUGCAAGAAACUCUGCAUGGACGAAUUCCAUAGAACAGAAUGUCAAAUAAUGGAUCACAUUUUUCCCGAAAGAUCGGAUGCCAGAUUCGUUUUGCCAGUGAGAGCUGCUCUAAAGAUGAAGCAGGCGAAAAGCUGGGACGAGUUGGUGGCGGCUUCACAAGAUCUAACCGCCGACAAAUUGAGAAACCGCUCCGAUUCGGAGAUCUAUGAUUCUCGGAAUACCUUCUCGAUUUUGAACUUCAAUAACGGGAAACAUUUUGUUCAUGGAAAGAUUUUUAAUCAAAGUUUUUAUUAUGCUGCCAUCGUCAACCGUUUGUCAGAGAUCCCAGGAUACUAUCCUCAGGACCCGAAAAAGAGAUUAGAGGCAAUGUACGCACUGGGAAGUAUCAUGUUGCAUUUGUUUGUAACGUAUCCUUUUGAAAUCGAAAUAAUAAAUGCAGCUCAAAAUUAUUUGACGAAUAAUGUGACGAGCGAGCCGGAGCCCAAUUUCGGUUGGUUCUCCUUCGCGAAUAAAUUGAAGCAUUGUUGCGAACCAAAUCUCCUGGUUGUCGGACUCAACGAUAAGAUUGGAUUAGUGGCUGUGAAACCGAUAAAGAAGGGGACUGAGCUUACGAUUUGCUAUAUGGGCCAUUGGUAUGAGAACAUACAUCACGAGGGUAGAAAGAAGAAGCUCUUCACCGCACUGGACGUGGUGUGUGAAUGCCGUGUGUGUGAAAAUAACUGGAGUAACCAAACAACCAGGUCGGCCAAGUUGGAGCCUGAACAGCUCAAGUCUUUUCGUAAAUGGCGCGCCACCGUCGGCACCGUGUAUCCUAACUCUGACAAGGUGCACUUCAAGGAGACCUGCCACGCGCUAAGAGUACUGCAGGACCUGCCCAACACCGAGGAGCAUCACCAGUUGUUCAGGCAGUUCCGCAACUCUCUUAAUGCCUUCCAAUAUUCCGUCACCGAGAACAGUAUUAUUAUGAAUAGUGAUUUUAUUCAUGAAUAACUAAGUUUUAUUUCGUACUCUCUAUUUGUCUCUGAGGGCAAUUAUGUGACACUGAACUGAACUUAGACGUCAUUUAUCUAAACCAGUGAUUCUCAACCACUGUGCCUCGGCACUUUUGUGUGCCGCCAAAUUUUGCAAAUAUUUCAAAUUUUUGUCAUAAUGUCGUAAGUAAAUUUUUAUCUUUUUCUUUGUGUGCCGCCAAAUUUUGAAAUCGUUAAAUAUGUGCCGCAACAAAAAAAAAGGUUGAGAAUCACUGGUCUAAACCAAUCUCGAAAUUUAAAUUUAUACACAGCGCCAUCUCUAAAAAUGUGUAUGAACUAAGUUUCUAAUAGAUUUUAGUCAAUAAUUGUUAGCGCCAUCUCUAAAUAUGUGUAUGAACUAAAUCUCUAAUAGAUUUAAGUCAAUAAUUGUUAUUGAAGAUAAACAUCUCCGUCCUAGCUAGUACAUACCUAAUACAUAUUAAUAUAUUUAUCUUUACAUUAGUUUAUAUAUGUAUUAUUUAUUUACGCUUAUUAUGUCACGCCUGUUUCCCAUUAGGGUAGGCAGAAACAAUGGAACGCCAAAUGCUUCGAUUCAAACAAACCUCUUUCGCUUCCUCCACAUUCAUCAAUCGCUUAUUAUGUGUAAGUAUAUUUUUAAUUUAUACUGUCCAUAUUGCGUUUAAAUUUAUCUUUUGUCCCUUUUCUUCUCGCUCUUUUAGCCUUAUUAUUUUUCUGUUACGUCUUGACCAGACACAAUUUUUAUUAUUUCUCUCCAUCUUAAGGUUGCCUGGAAGAGAUAGCUAAAUAGUGACUCGUUCGUUUAAUUUAUUUAUGUAUUUUUUUUUAUUUUUUAUUAAAGAAAAACUAACAGCUAGAAAAUGUUAUACCAAAAAAGAAAAAUCUUAUAUUAUUAAUAUUAAAAGAGUAUUUACAAGUCCAAAAAAUUACACUAAUUUUCUCCAAGUUCAUUUCAUUUUUCUCAGUACUUCGCUAUAUGUGUCAGGUUGGUUUGAAGAGGCGACUUGACGUAUCGUGACAUGCAGUGUUUUUUUUAAUGGUUGAUAACGGAAUGGCAACCCCGCCUGCGCUAUAGGUAUACAUUUGCGGAGUACCAGUGAGAGAUGAUAGGUGAGGAUGAAGAAGCAGAUCAGUUAGCGUAUCGUGAUGAAUACAUUUGGAAUGCAGCAUGAUGGUUUCCAGGGAGGGCCAUCUGACAGACUGACUAUAUUGUUAGCAAUGGGACUGGUAAUUCCCCCCCCCCCCUCUCCCCAUAGCGCAUUGUUAUUCAUAUCUAUUACAGAUAUUCAUGUGGA